CGAGAGCGCUGAGGGCAGGGAGAGGCGGAGGAGCUACGCAGCGGCGGGCAGAAAGGGGUUAAGCCUCCUUCUUUUUCUUUUUUCUUUUUUUGACCGAAACCAGCCUUUUUCGGCGUGGUUUAUACUCCUUUUUCCUCCUUGCGAGGGAGAAAAAGCUAUUUCUGCCCUGCGUCGCCGCGCGCUGCUUCCUCAGGAGAAUCCUCACGCACUCACCUCAGCCAUGGUGAUGUUCAAGAAAGUCAAGACCUUCCUCGUGGCCUUCAGCGAGCCCGAGAAGGUUUAUUGUAGCGGGGAGAAGGUGGCCGGCCGCGUGCUGGUGGAGGUGGCCGAGGUGACUCGCGUCAGCGCCGUCAAGGUGCUGGCCUGCGGGGUGGCCAAAGUCAACUGGGCCAAGGGCCCCCAGCAGUGCAAGCAGGAGAUGGAGUACCUGCGCUUCGAGGACGUCCUGACCCUGGAGGAACAGCCCACAGAUGGGGAUGGUUCCGUAAUCCUGAGACCUGGGAACAAAUACGAGUACAAAUUCGGAUUCGAGCUUCCCCAGGGGCCUCUUGGUACAACCUUCAAGGGAAAGUACGGCUGCGUGGAUUACUGGGUGAAGGCCUUCCUCGAGCGCCCGUCCUUUCCCACGCAGGAGAUAAAGAAGCGCUUCGAGGUUAUGGACCCCGUUGAUGUGAACACUCCAGAGCUGCUGUCCCCAGUGGCUGCCAAGAAGGAGAAGAAGGUGUCCUGCAUGUUCAUUCCUGAUGGCCGCGUGUCAGUCAGCGCGCAGAUCGACAGGAAGGGCUUCUGUGAAGGUGACGAGAUCUGCAUCAACGCCGACUUUGAGAACACUUGCUCCCGCAUCGUGGUGCCCAAAGCAGCCAUCAUUGCCAAGCACACCUACCUGGCCAACGGGCAAACCAAGGUGUUCACGCAGAAACUCUCCUGCGUCCGGGGCAACCACAUCAUCUCGGGCAUGUCAGAGUCCUGGCGGGGCAAAACGAUCCGCGUCAAGAAGCUGAAGCCGUCCAUCCUGGGCUGCAACAUCCUGCGCGUGGAGUAUUUCCUGCAGAUCUACGUCAGUGUCCCGGGCUCCAAGAAGAUCAUUUUGGAGCUGCCCCUCGUCAUUGGCAGCCGGUCGGGCAUCGGGAGCCGCAGCUCCAGCAUGGCCAGCCAGACCAGCUCCGAAAUGAGCUGGGUGGACCUCAACCUGCCGGAUGCUCCAGAAGCACCCCCCUGCUACCUGGACAUCGUGCCUGAAGACCACCGCCUGGAGAGCCCGACCACCCCUCUCCUCGAUGAUCCCGACAGCUUCGACAGCCCCAUCUUCAUGUAUGCCCCCGAGUUCAAGUUCAUGCCGCCGCCCACCUACACCGAGGUGGAUCCCUGCGUCGCUAACAACAACGUGCAGUGAGUGCGGAGCGGAAGUCACUCUCCCACUUUUUUUUUGGACUCUGAACCUGCCGUGGGACCUGGCAGCAGCCCAGACUGGCGUCUUCCUGGGAGCCCUGCUGCAGGAGCGGCCGCACGAAGGGCGCCCGUCACGACAGCUCCCAGGGAGGCUCUUGGGCGAGCGUGGAAGGGGUGAAGUGUCUGAGUUCUCUGUGUUCCCUCGUGUGCUGGCUGCCUCGACGCGUACGAGAAACCCUCCGGUGGCUCAGGGGUUGUUUGGGACCUUGCUCACAGCCAAAGUCUUCCAAAAAAA